CUAGGGCCUUAAUAAGUUGCCAUUGCUUCUUCUCAACGACUCCACCACUUCUGCACUAGACGAACCGCUGGCCAUAAUCUCUAGUCUCUACUGCAUCGCACCAUAGUCACGAUCGCUGCCGUCAGCGGCCCCACGACCAUCCGGUCAUUUAUUAAGUCGUUGCCUGGUUACUGGUUGAUCCUUUACUCAAUUGGUUGUCCACAUCACCAUCUGGUCUGAUAUUCAGAACAUUACCAUCAACCACCCUUUGAUUCACGGUCGGUGAGGUGGACCCAAAAACAUUGGAGAUGGUAACAAGGCUAACAGCAUGACAUUUUUUGCUGAACAUACAGAAGUUAUAUAUCAGUGGGGUCCGUUUCCCCUAUCUCCACCAUAGAACCUUUUUUUCUCUCUUCUACAAAAAAAUAAAAAUAUUCAUGCCAUGCUGAUAAUCAGCAAGUUCAACAUGACCAGAAGAUUAAUUCUCAAAAUUCACCCAUUAUCUUCUCAAAAUUCAAUCUUGUCACACUACCUACCCUUCUCGUAUAUCCAGAAGCAGAGCUAUGUUAAUGUGUACAUGAAAUGGAAGCAAGACUUUUACUUAGAGUCAAUUGAAUCAGUUCACAGAUCAAUUGAGCUACGGCCCAUACUUGCCCUCAAGAACUACAUAGUCUCUGUUUCACCUCAAGAGUAUUCCAUUCCUAUAUCUGCCGUUUCCAAGAAGGGCAUACACUUUGGAGUGCACAUUAAGGUUGCUAGGUUCUUGAGGCAAUACCCAUCUGUGUUCGAGGAGUUUACUGGCCCCGAGCACAAUCUUCCCUGUUUCAGGCUGACCCAGAGAGCCAUUGAGCUCCACAAGGAGGAGAGGGAUGUCUACAGAGAAUUUAACGAUGAUCUUAUUUUAAGAUUAAAGAAGUUAAUCUUGAUGAGCUGUGUUGGUUUUGGUGAGAAAAAGGUCCUUCCUUUGAAGAUCAUUAAGGGUAUGCAGUGGUAUUUGGGAUUUCCCGACGAGUUCUUGACAGACCCCGAAAAGAAUCUUGACGGAUCAUUUGAAGUUGUGGAAAUGAGUGAUGGUCUGACAGGAUUGGCUCUGAAGAACAACAAUCUGAAUGAUAGGGUGUUGUCUGUGAUGCAGAAGAAUGCAAUAAAAAGAGGUUGGGAUAAUGAAACCAUUCCAUUCCCCAUUUUUCCAUCUAAGGGAUUGAGGUUGAGGAGAAAGAUUAUAGAUUGGUGGGAUGAAUUUCAGAAGCUUCCCUAUGUUUCGCCUUAUGAAAACUAUAACUCACUGAUAAGGCCAGAUAGCGAUGCAGCAGAAAAGCGGGUGGUGGGGUUGCUUCAUGAGUUGCUUAGCUUGUUUGUGGAACACUGUGCUGAAAGAAGAAAGAUUUUGUGCCUAAGGAAAUACUUGGGAUUGCCACAGAUGGUUCAUAAGGCAUUUGAGAGGCACACCCACAUUUUCUAUCUGUCUUUGAAGAACAAGACAUGCACGGCCAUAUUGAAGGAGGCUUACUUUGAGAAAGGGGCUAUUGACACUCACCCUCUAGCAAAGGUGAGGAAGAAGUACAUCAAAUUGGUGAAAGAGUCCACCUUUAUUUUGAAAAGAAGAAGGUUCAGCAAUAGGGCAUGUGAUGGCAGAAGUGUGAAUGUAAAUGCUAUAGAUUGUGAACAUGACGAUGGGAGUGAGAAGACUGAACUUGAAGCUUCCUAGGUAGUGGAUUUUCUGGAUUAAAGUAGGUCAUUGUGUACUAGUAGAGGAGCUCUUUGAUUUUGUGGGAAAGAGUUGAUUUGUGGGAUGAAAUCUUGAGAAUAAAUGCACAAAUAGUGUUAUUCAUGCAUAUUGCUAAAGGAAAUCGUUAUGAGCUUGACGAGCUUUGGUUGGAAGUUUAUUACUCUUGGUGCAAAAGUUUCAGUAAAGGUGAUGAACAAUAAUACAAAGUAAUGGAGAUGGACAAUGCAUUCCCAUGUUCUCUAGAUAAACCUCUGCUAAAUGCUAAUAAGUGAAAUGAUGCAGUCCAUGAAAGUUGAAUCACAAGGUAGAGUAGUAAGCCUAUUGCUUGGAACUCCAAAUUCUUCUACAGACAUAUUGAAGUCUUGUCUAAUAAUCUCAUCAUUGAUAUAAGAUAGAGGCACAACAAAGCAUUUCUGACCAGCCGUACAGAGCAAAAUGAUCCUGAUUAACCGAAGCAGAGGAAUUAAAGUAGCUAUCUGCAUCAUCAUAUAGUCUUGGGAACAAAAUUUUCUCUUUGGAUGACUGCAAUCUUCUGCCUUCUUUUUGCUAGCUUGAUGAGUAGUCUGGGACUGAUCAUGUUAUUAGCUCAAAAGAAAGAAAGAAAAAAGGGAGAUCUAAUGGGAAGAUCACAAAAUAUGUAAAAACCUUGUAUCUUGGUUGGACAGAUUUGUAGUGUUGGAUGAACAAAUUUUAUAUGGAAGU